AUCCGAGCCAAGAAGAAACCUACUCCAGUGAAGUAUGAAGUUGGGGAUCUUGUUUGGGCCAAGUUCAACAGACGCCCAUGGUGGCCAUGCACAAUUUGUCAUGACCCAGUGCUGGACUGUCACUCAAAAAUGAAAGUUUCCAAUCGGAGACCCUACCGAGAGUACUAUGUGGAUGCCUUAGGAGAACCUUCAGAGAAAACCUGGGUUGCUGGGAAAGCUAUUGUCCUCUUUGAAGGAAGACAUCAGUUUGAAGAGCUGCCUGUUCUUCGGAGAAGAGGAAAGCAGAAGGAAAAAGGCUACAAACAUAAGGUUCCUCAGAGAUUUAUGGCUAAAUGGGAAGUCAGUGUUGGACAGGCGGAAGACAUACUUCUCGGGGGGCCAGAGGAUCAGAAAUUCAGCCAGAACUCCAGCGAGCUGGACAGUGAGAAAGAAGUGCAGUCUGAAUACUAUGCCAAUGGCCCUGGAGCAGAAAGGGACAGACAACUGAACGGCUGUUUUAAAUCCUUGACGUUGGACUCGGGACACUCGGCCAGUGAGAAAGGAAAAUUGCACGUUAAGCCACAUGUGAAAAAGAGCUCAGACAGCAGAAAAAGGACUAGAGUAAAAAAGAGUGGUGCGAGAGGGGAAGCAUCCAGGGGAGAAAUCAAAGGAAAAACUCCAGAGAGCAUAGUUAGAAGCAUGAUUGUUGGGGACCUCCCCGAUAAACACGCGUCUCACGAGCUUCGACGGAUCGCCAACAGCCUAACACCAUCCAACAGCACCAGGGAAAACCAUUUGCUUUCCUCCUUUGGAGAAAGACGUUUUGAAAAGACAGCUUUGAAACUGGACUAUGAGAAUUGUAAAAGUGAUGCUCUGAAGAACACGCUUCAGGGGGAUUUGUUUUCCAGUACAUCUCUGGAGAGAGAGAAGAGCUCCCUGGGCAUUCUGUGCAGUUCCAAGUUACAGAUACACUAUUCUGCAUCUGAUACUGGUAUGGAGAAAAAGCAAACUGAAUCGGAUUCAUCCUCUUCCCUCUCAGAUGGUGGGAACAGUGAUGUGGAUAUGAUGGACCAAAGUUCAGAGAGAGCUUCUAGUGCUCUUGAAGUUAGUGAUUCUUCAGAUAAAGUGGAGAAGGCAUUUCCUACGGCACCAAGUGGAAACAUUAAGCUUUCCAUGUAUCUUUCUCAGAAGAGCAACAGAAGGGCCAGGAAGAAGUCCUACAGAGAUCGCAAACCUCUGGGAAGUUCAGUAACCAACAGACUUGAUGCUGAAUUUGUAGAUGGGGAGCUUGAAGUAGGCUUCUCUGAUGCUGAGAUGUCAUUGACGGCUCUUGAGUGCUCUUCAAAUGUGAGAAAUGACAAUCUUUCUUUAGCAAACCAGCACACUACUCCCCAGAGUGUUUCCAAGGACAGCUCCUGGCCUGUUGCAGAUCAAAUAAUCUUGAAACCGAAAAGCAUUAAAUUGCCCGGAAUCAGGAGUAUAAAAUGCAAACAUAAAGAAAAAGUUGCUGGGUUGGAGCCUUCUCUUGCAGAAGAGGAGGGAGGCAUGAAUCGCUGCUCUUCGGAUACCAAAGGUUUCUCUGGCCUUCAGAGAGAUUCUCUUCAGAGAAGUGGAAAAGUUGACGGUCAGAAACUGUUAAACAACAUGCAUGAGAAACCCAGGGACUCUGCUGAGAUAGAAACGGCUGUGGUGAAACACGUCUUGUCGGAGCUGAAGGAGCUGUCUUACCGGUCUGUCAGUGACGACGCUGGUGACUCUGGCGCUCCAAAGGCCACAGUACCGCUGCUUUUCUCUUCUGCUUCUGGUCACGGUCGUUUGCCUAUUGAGCCAGAUUACAAAUUCAGCACCUUGCUAAUGAUGUUGAAGGAUAUGCAUGACAGUAAGACAAAAGAACAGCAGCUGAUGACUAGUCAAAAUAUAGUCCCGUUUCGAAAUACCAGCACAGCUGAUGGUCCUGGAAGCAAUUCUGCGAGUGGUCUGAAGUCCUUGUCUAUUGUAGGUCCCCCAUACAAAAUAGAGAAAAAUGGAGAUUGUGUCCAGGAAACAGUAAAUCCAAACUCUUCUGUAAGCAACUCCUCCUUUUCACGCAAUCCUCCAACCAAGUUGGCGGGGAUUGGUACUAGUAAAAGGGAGCCUGCAAGUGCUGCUGUUUCUGGGACAAAUGGCACAAAUUGCGUGCCCAAACGCAACUGUUCAAAAUCUAAGCAGUCAUCAAAGCUUGGAGAUAAAACAGUUUCAAACAGAAAGGACUUAAAACCAGGAGGGCCAAUACGUUCAGAGAGAAAGCGCCUCAGAAAGCCGAGUAAACGGCUUCUGGAAUAUGCAGAAGAAUACGAUCACUUAUUUGCACCCAAGAAAAAGUCAAAGAAAGGCCAAGAGCAAUUGCAAAAGGUGAAUUCCGUGGUGAGGUCUGAGUUUGAAGGAGGUCUUCCCGCACAAUGCAGUCCUGACAGAGACACCCGGCGGGAGCAGAGUCCUUUGGUUUCAACUCCAUCUUCAACCAAAGAGUCCCCUCCCAUCCUUGAAGCAGAGUGCUCCCUCUCAGAACUAGGAUCCCAUUCCACUGAUCCCGCUGAUCAACUUCUAGAAGGACCGUCAGAUUUUCCAGAGCUCGUGCUCUCUUCCUCAGAUGUUUCUGAAGUUUCUGCUUCUCCAGACGCAGAAGAGAGGUUUCUGAAAUCAGGAAACUUUGAAAGCAAGCGUCAGAGGAAGCCCACUAAAAAGCUCUUGGAAUCCAAUGAUUUGGACACUGCCUUUAUGCCAAAGAAGGAUGAGUGGACUCCCCCGAAGAAGGGCAUUGGUCCUUUGGAGAACGACAGCUCUGAGCUCUGCUCACCAGCCCACUUCUCGGACUUGGGAGAAGCUUCUGAAAAGCUCUUGGAGAAGCAGCGGAAGCGGAAGAGACAGCGCCAUGCCUCUACUGCAGUGCAUCCCAAGAAGGAGAGGAAUGAGGAGGGAAUGGGGGAGACCCCGCACUCUGAGGGGGAGACAUCAGUUCAUGGGACUGCUGCAAGCCCCAAAGAGGGUAAUGAAGAAGGGUCAGAGAAUGACCAUGGUGUGCCUUCGUCCAAAAAGAUGCAGGUAGAGCGUGGAGGAGGAGCAGCACUCAAGGAGAACGUGUGUCAGAUCUGCGAGAAGCCGGGGGAGCUGCUGCUGUGUGAGGCACAGUGCUGUGGUGCUUUUCACUUGCAGUGCCUUGGGCUCUCCGAGAUGCCAAAGGGCAAAUUCAUCUGCAACGAGUGUUCCACAGGGGUCCACACCUGCUUUGUGUGCAAGAGCUGCGGGGAGGAUGUCAAAAGGUGCUUGCUGCCCCUCUGUGGGAAGUAUUACCAUGAAGCCUGCAUACAGAAGUACCCGCCCACCGUCCUGCAGAACAAGGGCUUCCGAUGCUCCCUGCACAUUUGCAUGACUUGCCAUGCUGCCAACCCAGCAAACAUCUCUGCGUCUAAAGGUCGCCUGAUGCGCUGCGUGCGGUGCCCGGUUGCGUACCACUCCAACGACUUCUGCCUCGCUGCUGGGUCCGUGGUCCUCGCCUCCAACAGCAUCAUCUGCCCCAAUCACUUCACCGCACGGAGGGGCUGCCGCAACCAUGAGCACGUCAAUGUCAGCUGGUGCUUUGUCUGCUCGGAAGGGGGCAGCCUUUUAUGCUGCGAGUCGUGCCCGGCUGCGUUUCACCGUGAGUGUCUAAACAUUGAGAUGCCAGAGGGAAGCUGGUAUUGUAAUGAUUGCAAGGCAGGCAAAAAACCACACUACAAGGAAGUGGUCUGGGUGAAAGUUGGGCGCUACAGGUGGUGGCCAGCUGAGAUUUGCCAUCCUAGGACAAUUCCUGUCAACAUCCAGAAAAUGAAACACGACAUUGGUGAGUUCCCUGUGCUGUUCUUCGGCUCCAAGGAUUACCUGUGGACCCACCAGGCCCGUGUGUUCCCUUACAUGGAAGGUGACGUCAGCAGCAAAGACAAGAUGGGGAAGGGCGUGGAUGGCAUAUACAAGAAAGCUCUUCAGGAAGCUGCAGUAAGAUUUGAAGAGUUGAAGGCACAGAAAGAGCUGAGACAGCUUCAAGAAGACAAAAAGAAUGACAAGAAACCUCCUCCCUACAAACACAUCAAGGUGAACCGGCCUGUGGGUAAGGUGCAGAUCUUCACUGCAGACCUGUCCGAGAUACCGCGCUGCAACUGCAAACCGACAGAUGAAAACCCGUGUGGCCUGGACUCAGAAUGCAUCAACCGCAUGUUGCUGUACGAAUGCCACCCCAUGGUGUGCCCCGCUGGGGAGCGCUGCCAGAACCAGUGCUUCUCCAAGCGGCAGUACCCUGAGGUACAGAUCUUCCGCACGCUGGCACGAGGCUGGGGCUUGCAAGCCAAAACAGAUAUCAGAAAGGGUGAAUUUGUUAAUGAGUAUGUCGGGGAGCUAAUUGAUGAAGAGGAGUGCCGAGCCCGAAUUCGCUAUGCUCAGGAGCAUGACAUCACCAAUUUCUAUAUGUUGACACUGGAUAAGGAUCGAAUCAUUGAUGCUGGGCCAAAAGGCAAUUACGCUCGGUUCAUGAACCACUGCUGCCAGCCAAACUGCGAGACUCAGAAGUGGUGUGUGAACGGCGACACGCGGGUCGGGCUCUUCGCAAUUGUAAAUAUCAAAGCUGGGACUGAGCUGACUUUCAACUACAAUCUGGAGUGUUUGGGAAAUGGAAAGACAGUUUGUAAAUGUGGUGCCCCAAACUGCAGUGGCUUCCUAGGAGUACGACCAAAGAGCCAACCCGCUGUCACCGAGGAGAAGUCCAAGAAGGUCAAGAGGCGGCCGCAGAUGAAGCGCAGGUCGCAGGCGGAGGUGAUGAAGGAGCGAGAGGAUGAGUGUUUCAGCUGUGGGGACGGAGGGCAGUUGGUUUCUUGUAAGAAGCCAGGCUGCCCCAAAGUGUACCACGCAGACUGCCUCAACCUGACCAAGAGACCUGCAGGAAAAUGGGAGUGCCCAUGGCAUCAGUGUGAUAUGUGUGGCAAGGAAGCAGCUUCCUUCUGCGAGAUGUGCCCCAGGUCCUUCUGCAAGCAGCACCGAGAAGGCAUGCUCUUCAUCUCCAAGCUGGAUGGACGUUUAAGUUGCACCGAGCACGAUCCCUGCGGGCCUAACCCUCUAGAGCCAGGAGAAAUUCGUGAGUAUGCGCCUCCCAUAGAAGCCUUGGCUAAUGGUGAGGACACCCAGCCACCAGAGCAGCCGCCCACGGACACAGAUCUGAGCGUUCAGCCUCUGGACAGUUUACCUCAAUCCAUGGCCCUCGCACUGCAGUCACCAGAAAAGCCUCCCGCCACCCUUGCGCUGCGGCUGCCACCAUCGGAAAAACCCCCCACCACCGUAGCCCUGAGGUUGCAGCCCUCCAACAACAAGCCCCCGACCACCCUGGCCCUCAGGCUGCCUCCGCCAGACAAACCGCCCGCCACCCUGGCACUGAGACUGCCACCGUCAAAUAAACCCCCCACCACCUUGUCCCUCAGGCUGAAGCCAUCCAACAAACCCUCCACAACCCUCUCACUCCGGCUGCAGCCUUCGGACAAACCUCCCACCACCCUGUCACUCCCGCUGAAGCCGCAGCAGCCUGACAAACCUCCCAGCAACGCGGUGCUGUGGCCGCUGGAUGAGUCCUCCAGCGAUGCCUCGCAGCCCCACCUGCCAAGCAAAUCUCCUCCAGGAACUCCACAGCUGUUGGACGAGUCACUUGUUCCUGCUGGUGCCCUGCAGCUCCAGCUGUCGGCUGAGCCUCCUCCAUCCGCCGCCGGGGUUUUGGGGUUAUCAGCCAAGUCUCUCCUUGACACCAGAACCCAGCAGCCUGAGGUGCUGGAUGAGUUCCCGGCGAAAUGCUUGCAUCCUCAACUGUCAGACAGACUUCUCGACGCAGCAGGGACCCUGCGGUCCCAGCCACUGGAUGAGCCUCCUGCGGCCGAUCAGCUUCAGCCAUUGGACGAAACUGCCCAAAAUCCACAGCUUCGGUCUGUGGAAAAGGCUCCCAGCUCCAUGGUGCCGCAGAUUGUAGCAUCAGAGAUGCCUUCCAGCCCGGGGGUGCUGUGGCCUCUGCCCAUUGACAAAGUCUCCAGCUCGCCGGUCUCACGGAUCCCACCCACAGAGAAGGCUCCUGGAUCAGCCAUGCCACGGCCCCAGCCUCAGGAGAAGGCUUCCUUCUCCGGGGCAGUGCGAGUCCUAGCCGUGGAGAAUGCUCCCAGCUCUGGGGUGCCCUGUCCCCUGCCUCCAGAGAAGGCUCCUCCCUCAGGGAUGCCGCGAAUCUUGCCCACAGAGAAGGCUCCUGGCUUAGGGCCGCCACGGCCGCUGCCUCCAGAGAAGGCUCCUGCCUCCCGGUCGCCGCACGUCCUGCCCAUGGAGAGGGCUCUUGGCUCAGGGGCCCUGCGGAUCCCGGUUAUGCAGAAGUCACUCUCCGCUGGGCUGCUGCGGCCCCUGCUUCCAGAGAAGGCUACUGAUGCUGGGGCCCUGCGAGUCCUGCCUCCGGAGAAGGCUCUCAGUCCUGGGGUUGCCCGACCUCAGCUCCUGGAGAGGCCUCUCGCUCUUACAGCCCCUUGGCCUCAGCCGUCAGACAAGCUGGCUGCUGCUGUGGCUCCUCGGCCCCAAGCCUUGGACAAGCCUCUGGCUGCAUCAGCUCCAAGGCUGUUGCUGUCGGAGAAGGCGCUGCGGCCCGUUGACCAGAACGCUCAGCCAAAGGAGAGAGGAGCCCCGGCUGUGGAGCCGAGUCCCCAGCAGAAAGAGAGGACCAUGUUAGCUGGCGAACAAAUCUCUUGGUCUGCUGGGAAAGCAGUGACGCAUGUCGGACAGGUACCUUGGCCCACGGAGAAACUCCAGACGCACGAGCAAACCCACUGGCCCACGGCAAAAGUCCUGAUGCCUGCAGAGCAACCUCCCCGGACAGCAGAGAAACUACCCGAGCCGACUCUUCAGCCCAGCUGGGAAGUGGCCUCAGCCCCCGCCGAGCAAACCCCUUGGACAUCAGAGAGAUUGUGUGUGUUUGAGCAGACCCCUCGGCCAGCCAGGGAAGCGCCAGUACCCCCGGAGGAGAUGCAGUGGGUUGUCACGAACGUUCAGACAAUUGACCAGAUUUCUUGGCUGAGCGGAAAAGCACAGACUCCUCUGGGGCAGGACCCUUUGCCUGAGCAAAACACAGCGCUAGCCCGUAACCAGGAUUCUGUCUGUCUCGAGUUGGCUGACUCAGAGCCAGAGUGA